AUGUACACGAGCAUCCAAGUGUUCCCAAGGAAAAAGUCUGGGCAGGACGAGAAGAACAAGCCCUUCUACAUCUCAACACUGGAUCUUACAAGGAUGUUCCACAUGACGCUUCACAAUGCAGCCGAGCAUCUGGGAAUCUCACUCACGGCCAUGAAGAACACCUGCAAAAAACUGGGAGUGAAGUGGCCAAACAAGCGGGAGCGUUCCCGAAUCCAAGAGGAAAGAAACGAGGGCCUUGAGGGCAUAUUUGCUGGCUCGUCUAGAGGGAUUGGCGCUGCCAGGAGCGAAGAAGGUAUGGGCGCUGGAGGAAACCAGGAUCUUGCGAAUGAGCAUCAAAGGACUGGACGAACACUGUUAUCAGCGGCGUCAAACGACAUGGAUGGGAUGGGCAUGAUGGUUGGGCCAUUGCCUGCUCAUGGACACGCACAGGUUGCGAGGUCCAGCGGAGAGCGUCUGCAUCAUGGUGCAGCUCCGGGCCUCCGGAUGACGGCCGGGCCAGCAGAUGAAGCGGCAGGCCCUCAACAUCUCACGGACGUUCAUGAGAGUGAGGACUCGUGGUCCUGGAACUCCGAGCCGGAGGCUGAGGAAGGCGACUCGCCAGACCCCACCAAUGUUUUCUUAGUUCAAGGCGUCCCAAGUGAGAAGAAAGCGCACGAGCCUUGA